AUGGAGAAUAGCGACGCCGACGACUUGUUAGUUGGAGGCGCUCUGGCUGACCCGGAAUUUGACGAGAACGGCUUUGAUACGAACGAAGAGGUCCUGCUGUUAAGGAUGAUGGAGACCAACGAUAUGCCCGUUUCGCCCAACCUCCAAGCUAUGCUGGACGACCGCAUUGAUAUCGGGUGGCCGUCCGGACAGAGACAGCAGUCUCCCUUAUUCAUCGAGCGUCCUCGGAGUCCGGGAAUUGAUACCGCAGCAUUCAGCUUCGCAAGGCCUGCCCCGAAGACUAAACCGCUCUCGCUUCAGCCAAUUGUGAGACGACAUUCCUCUGGCGCAGUCCAAGAGAUACCAGAACAAGGUAUUCUUGGGUUGUCCGGCAACUCCGGUGAAGGGGAGAAUGAUCAGAAUAAGGCUGCUGCUCCCUCUACCACUCAAAGCGCAGAGUCCCCGACAAGCCCCCGUAUAGUUGAAAUUUCUUCUGUAACAACUGAGCGGGCACAGGACCACAGCGGGAACCUACUCUCGGCGGCGGCCGUCACGGACACAAGCGCAGAAUCACCAAGCGACGCUGGUGCCCAGACAAUACAGUCUUUGCCCACUGAGAAUGGACCGGAUUGCAAUCAGCAGCUCCCGCCCGAGCAGAACGACCAGGACAUGGAACCUCCAGCGGACGUCACAAUCAACAAUCAUGAUCAACCAAUCGAUGGUUCGGGUGAGCAGCCAGAUAAUCGCGAGGAGACAAACGAUGAAGCGCCAUCCUUUGAGGGUCUAGGCCUACGCCAAAGCAGCCUAUUUGAGUCGCGGCCCAAUGACAAUCAAUGGAAAGUCGUGAAGCGACGGCACAGCGACAAGAGAAAGGGCCAGAAGCGAGUGUCGUACGCACUUCCAGAUACCAGCGGGCAAGUACCCGAAGAGAUCUUGUUCCAGCAGUUGAUCAGCCGUUUGAAGGCUCGAGAAGAGAGCGAAGCAGUGGCCACAAAUCUGCAAAAAGAAAUGGAGGCGAACAUAACUGUCUUGAAAGAAGAGAACGAUGCGCUGAAGGGCGAAGUCGAAGCUUUGAGCUCUAAGCUACAGAAGCGAACCGCUGAGACCAGGGCCUACAAAUCGCAGACCGAGUCAUGGAAGUCGAAACUGGGAAAGAUCAAAACAUUCUUCAACGACCUCGGAACCGACUACCAAAAUCUCCGUGGUGAAGCGAUCCACUUCAAGGCAGCUCGAAAGACCCUUGACAAGGAGCGAAGGGAAAUAGCGGAGAGCAUUGAAGACGUCAAAGCACAAAUGGGCCGGAUUUCCCAAUCUUCCCUUGAGGGCCGUGGUGAGACCGGUAGUCUCGUUUCCUCGUUGAAGCAAGAGCUGGAUCACAUGCGGGAGAGAGUCCAGUACUCACAGUCUCAAUUAGUCGACGAGAAGAGAAGAUCUCGCUUGCUCGAGUUAUACAUACAAAACUCCUCACGUGCGCAAGAUAAGAAGCUCGACGAUGUUAGGGCCAAGCAGCUGGAAGUUAUCCAAAGGUUGGAAUCGGAGUUCAUAGUAACGAGCAAGAACUACGAGUCCUCUCAUACUGCUUUCAGUGAGACUUUUGAAAAGAAGGUCGAAGAAUUCCUCGCCACAGUCACUACAACUACCGAAAGCCUCUUCAAUGAUAGGAUGGAUGUACAGCAGUGUCAGGAGGUUAUUUGCACGUUUCAGUCCCGCAUGGAUACGACGACACGUCAACUGGGCGAGGACAUUGGAACUCACUCAAAGAUUGCCGAGGGCUUAGUACGGACCUUGGAGCAGCAAGUCCAAGCUUUCAAAGAUAGCGUGAGCGACGGAUCGACUUUACUUGAGCAUCUUUCUGCCAACGAGGACUGUUGCAAUGACCUUCGCUUGAGACUCGAGGGAGCAGUGCCGGCCUUUGAGAGACUUGGAGAUGAUCUCGAUGGGCUAAAGAAACAAGAACUCAAUCUCGGUCAACGGAUGGAGAGUCUGGAGACGCGGCUAUCCGAGGUUAAGCUGCCGGAGAGAUUCGAGGCCGAUUAUUUCCAUAUUUCGGAGAAGAUAGGGUUCGAAACCGAGAUACAGAGGUUGACUGUUAGCUUGAAGUUAACCGAAGAAAAACUGGAGGUCCAACAGCUUGACGGCGAACAGAAAGAUCAGGAGCUGCGUGACACGACGGAAAAACUGCAUCGAGCGGAAACAAGCAUGGUGAAGCUCGAGUCGCGCCUUGCUAUUCUUCAAGAGCGAACCAACGAAGUCGAAUCGAAAGAGGUAGAACACGAAAAUGAGAUACAGCGACUGAAGCUCGAGUUGAAGGUCAAGGAAGAGAGAUUGGAGGUCCAACAGCGUGACAACCGGCAAAAACAUGACGAGCUACGUGAGCUGACCUCGAGAGCUCAUCAAGCAGAUAUAACAGCUGCCAAGCUUGAAUCGCAAUCUGCCAACUUGCAAGAAAGGAUUCAAGCGUUGGAAGCGGAGGCUCAAGACAAUAUUGAUAAAGCAACCACACAUGGUCGCGAGCAAUGUAGCGCAGGAUUCGAGCGGCAACUCCAUGAGCUCUUGAUGGAAAAGACCAAAAUCGAGAUGAACGCACAAAGAACCAAAGAGCAUCUGGCCGAUUCCCAACAGAAACUGACCGAAGCCGAAGAGUCUACCCGAAUCCAAUGCGAAAGUCUCAAAGCCUUGCUCAAGGAACGUGAAAAGCGAAUCCAAGACCUUGAAGCAUCCCUGAAAGGCCAAGUUUCCAGCAUGGCGACCCGAAUCCAGGACCUCGAAGCAACCCGAACAGAACAAAGCUCAAUUUUAGCGAAGCGAGAAGCCGACAUCCAGUUGUUAAGAGAGCAAGAAGCGGCUCUCAGAUCUGAGCAGACUUCACUGCGGGAACAACUCGAGGAAGCCCAACAGCGUUCGAACGGCUUCGAGAUUGAGUUCAUGAAGACGACAACUGAGGAUCAACAGUCGCGCAAGGCUCUGCAAGAUAGUUUCUCUGCACUCCAAAAGAAAUUCACGAAGAAAGAGGAGAAUUGCAAAGCACUGCAAGAUAGCCUUUCUUCAAUCCAAAAUCAACUUGUGGAAAAAGAAGAAGAAUGCCAGAGGCUGCAAGCUGAUCUCUCUGCAGUCCAAAGUGAGCUCGCUGAGAACAUUGAAGAUCGUCAAAAUCUACAACAGGGCCUAUCUUCCUUGCAAGACGAGCUUGCGAGGAGCAAGGAGGAGUGUCAAGGCUUGCAGGAUAGUAUCUGUUUGGUUCAAGACGAGCUGAUGAGGUACAAAGAGGAGCGGCAGAACUUGCAAAGUAGCCUCACUUCCCUCGAGGCCAAGUACCUGGAGAACGAUGAUUCACACCAAAAUUUGCAAAGCGAACUUUCAUCUGUUCGAGACACACUGGCGCACAGUGAAGAGCAGACUCGAGCAUUGAGGAAGGAACUUGAAGACGCAAACAGUGCACGAAGCACCCUGGAAUCCGGCAAGUCAAAGGCCAAGGCUGAGAUACACUCUUUACUCAAGCGAGUACAAGAUUCGGAAUCAGUGACAAAGACGGUCAAAGAAACACUCCACCAAAUGGGUAUCUCCCGCUUAGAGCAACCAUUGUCCGAGGCAUUGAACCAGCUGGAGAGGGUUCUGCAAACGAAGAAUGCGAGACAACCGACGACAGCGCAGGAACGUCGACUGUCCGAUACACCAGUGGAGGCGCGGAAUCCUCGAACCAAACACAAGGCCCAUACUACAGAAGUGCAAACAGAUCCGAGGACUCCUGUGAGCCAUGCCGACCAGGAUUUGUCGUCGAAACGAGCCGGAAAUAUUGUCCCAUUUUCAAGUAUCCUUGAAGGACUAUCGCCUGUUCAUCAACCAGCUGCUGACAGUGAACUGUUUGAUCUCUCUGCCCUUGCGCACACACCAAAGAGAGCCGCAGCACUACAGGAGCCCAGCGCCCCAUCUCGACCAGAGAAGUACAAUCCGCCGACAGAUAAACCGCCGGUAAACCAGGCAGAAGAAACAGGAAUGAAUCCUGAGCUUGAUCGUGUCGCCGAAGCUCAGCAGGUAACUACCACGCGCAUGCAGCGUCAAGGCCGUCCAAGUGCCUCUAUCGAACAAGGUGACCAGGCUGAACAGACGGUCACGGGUCGCAAAGUCUCUUUCGCAUCGCAGAAGUUGGCUGCAGAAGAGGACGUCCUUCAGGUUCCAGACCCACAAAACAAGGACAUGGAGAGCAACGUCUUGGAGUCGUCGAUCAACGAAGGCAAUAUAACGCGGACAAAUCGGUGGACGUAUAGUAAACGCCAACGAGAGACAUCAGUGAGACAGCAGGAGACAACGUCGAUCGAAAGAAUACCUUCCCAGGUUGAAGAGCAGGAAACGCGGAAACUGGAUCGGAACUCCAUGAUCGUCGGAGAAGUCCUACCAGACUGGCGUCUGGAAGCAGUCGUACUUCGUCAGGUAUACCCGAUCCUGACCAAAUUGGCUCAAACAGAGGUAGGAGAAGGACAGGACGUAAAACGCGAGGUGACAAAUACAAUGCUCGCUUCAGCCAAAGUGUCGAGAAGUGACCCGAACUGGUCCAUUUAG